AUGGUAAAGUAUUAUGUCCAGGCAAUCAAUUACAGUGACUUCACAAUUCGACUUGUGGAUGCCGCUGUUCAGAAGGAUGAUUGCUUCUCCCUCCCUCAUCAUUCUCUUAGAGAACUGCUCCUCUAUACUGCGUACAAUUAUUAUAUUGACAGAAAUGGGCCAGACAGUUCUGUGUUAACUUUUUUAUGUUGCGAAAAUCAAAUGCUGAAUCCUCCAGAUUAUAUUAUAGAUGCUUCUUCUUGCAAAAAUGGCAGUGGUACUGCAUAUAAUUCUUCUUCGUCUAGCAGUAUUUCUUCUCCCAGCUGUGUCGAUAUGGAAGGUCAUUCCUAUGUCAUGGUCGAUGGGCAGAUCCAGGAUGUGCCUGACUUGUGCCGUAUAAAUUUGAUUUAUUAUGUGCCAAAAAAUAUGAGAAAUAUGUCGUAUACAGAUGUCCAUGAUGUUUUGGUAUAUGGGAUCGAGCUUUCAUGGUUCUCUUUCUGUUGUCAUUAUAGCACAGAGAACCGCUGCAACCUUGAUGAAGCCACCGUGAAGAAACACUAUUGCUUUUACACAGAACCAUACCUCGUGAGGACGCUGGUACACUCUUUUGUAAAAGGUGAGGACUAUUACGGUCUUGUAUCUUCUGGAUAG